AUGUCUACACAUACAAGAAACAGUGGUGCCUCCACCAUGGCAACCAAAGAAACCUCCACUCCACGGAGAGAGCACAAGCCAAAGUUGACAAUGGCUCGGGGUGGAAUCCUUCGCAGCACUCGUGCUGGCGAAGCAUCCCGCAAGUCCCGUCUUACCAGCUUCCAGCUCGACCAUCUACGUCGACACCGGGGUCCAUACAGGGCCUUCCCGAAGACAUUCCUCGUAGAAUCUCUUCUCGGCGAGACCAGAUUCGAUCUGGUAGGAAUGACCAAGAAUCAAUUCCAGCAUUGGACUCAAGUCCUCGAGGAUGCGCUGAAUGGAGCAACGUCCUACACGGAAUUUGAUCUUUCAGAACUCGAAAAUGAGAAGGGUAACAUGCCGGGAAUAUACUGGCGUGAGCCAGGUCUCAGUAUGCGCAAGGACGCUGUCAUAGUCGCCAUGACGGAAGAGCAAUUCCAACAUUGGAAGUCCCUACGUGCUUUACAGCACGCGACAGACUCGACUCUUGCUCAUCGAGAGGCUGAGGAGCAGCGUGCUCUCUUCGUAUGA